GCUUCGCUCGUCACCGGCCCGGCCCGGUUUGGUGGAAACUGGUGAUUCUAUCAUUUGAUCGGAUCUUGUUUUUGUUGUUUCCAUCUGCACGUGUGGCUGAGAGCAGAACCUUCUAGAGACCAAAUCCUCUGCAUAGAUGAUGUGUUUCCUGUAGAGGUAACAUGCUAAUUAGAUCUUUAUUUACAGCUAAUUCUGAUUCUUUAAGCCUCAUUGCUGCACCGUUUCCACCGAGUGACACAGAGUUUAUUAAACAUUUGUGUCUAGAUGAUUUGAGUCACCAGUAUUUAUUAUUUGUCACUAAUCAGGUAGAAACAUUUUAACAAAUCUUUAAACAGAUUAAAUACAAAAUACUGUUUUCCCCUGAUUAAAUAAAUGUAGCAACAUUCAGCUCUAUGGUUCCUGCAGUUCAGAUGCACACAUUUCAAAAUAAAAGUCUGGACAACAGAAACAUACAGGCUUCAAUGUUUAGAAACGUGUGCAUUUUUACCAGUCAGUGUAAAAAUCGACUUAGUUCAGACGCUAAAGCUUGUUGGGUGACGACCUGCCUGCAGUCCUGAUCAGCCUUUUUGGAGGAGAGCGGUGCCGAGAUCCCGCUCUGCUACACGUAACAAGACCCAUUCAGAAGUCUAAAAACCAGAAUGCUGAAGCUUUUUUAAUACGUGUUACCUCACAUGCAGAAAAUAAGUUACUGUAUAUUAAUAAAUGCAAAAAAAAAUCUUAAUUUCAUCUCUACUCAAGGAAAAACGAGAUUACUUAUAAUUACUAAAAAAACUCGUAAUGAGAUGGGCUGGUAUUUAUGUUGCACAUGAAUCUGUGUGAUGGUUUAACUCUGCAGUAUCUAGAGCUUGAUGUCUACGGCGGCGGUGCAACAUCAGCGUGAUGAUGGUGAACCUGUGACUUCAGGAGCAGCGGAGUGGAGCACCACUCUUACCAGAUGUUGCCGUUUUCACUCGGCUCAUCACGCCAGCAGAAUUUACUCAUUUGUUCACAUUUAUUCUGAGUGAAAUGAUGUCAUCACAUCAGCCCACAUGGCUGCACCCCAGCUGGCAUGUAGAGCUCUACGUGUGUGUGUGUGUGUAAACAUCGCUUACGCAGCUCUCUGGUCGAUUCCAGAAACGAGCUGCAUCUCGGCUCACGCAAGAGACCGUGCAGCUUGAGUCAGGGUGUGAGAGUUGUGCACGUCACAGGAAGCUGCAGCAGAGCGACAUACAUAAAGACCUCCUCCUCUUAGUCAGCCCACAGAAUGAACAGCUGCAAAAACACAGGAGCCUUCAUGUGAAGAGAAGAAGAAGGAGUGCAGCCAAUCUGAGUGGUCGGCAGGCCUGAGUGUGGAGCGAACUGCAGAGCAUGCACGAGUGUGAGCCGAAGGCAGACGAGCAUGGAUUUACUGGAGGCUUCAAGGAGGAAUCUGUGAAGCUAUCUGUGCAGGAACCAGAACGUUUCAAACUGAGCAGAACAUGGGGAUCUGCUUCACCAGACGCUGUUCCAGCCGGACGGUUCUGGAAAACCAGCCAGAUCCUGUGCCCCCAGGAAACGAGGAGAGUGUGGUCGUGGCUCUCCAUGACUACCCGUCGUUUGAGGGCACGGAGCUCACCAUGCACCUGGGCGAGAGCCUGACCGUCAUGUCUGAUGAUGGUGAUUUCAUGAUGGUGAGAUCCACAGCCAGCGGCCGCAACAGCUACGUUCCCACCAACUACACUGCCAAGGUGACACACAGGUGGCUGUUCACGGGCAUCAGCAGGUAUAACGCAGAGGAGCUGCUGAAGCAGCCAAACAACCAGAGUGGAGCCUUCCUGAUCCGAGAGUCCGAGAGCCUCAGAGAUUGCUUUUCUCUCUCCAUCCUGAGGAGAACCAGCUCCUCCAACGUGAACCCUGUGAAGCACUAUCGCAUCUCCCGCCUUGAGAACUCCUGGGUCUACAUUUCUCCAGGACUCACAUUCUCCUCGCUCCAUCACCUGGUGGAACACUACUCAGAGUCCGCCGAUGGGCUGUGCUGUCGACUGGCGGAGCCUUGCUUCAUCCAGGGUUUAGUUGGUGCCAGAGAGGCUCAGCCCAUUCCCGUUACGGUCAGGAGACCUACUCUGAACUGGAGGGACAUCACCAGGUCUGUGAUCCUCAGGAGGAAGAGAACAGAGUCAGAUAACUCUCUGGUGAGUGAGGGGCUGAGGGAGGCCAUCAGCUCUUACCUCCAGAUGACCGAGUGCAAGGAUCACUGCUGGGACACAUGAGGAACACAUCUGGGUCACUUUGAGUAAAGGAAGUCAAACAGAUGUGGUUCUGUGGAGUACUGCAGCUGGGGACGCCCCCGGAGGAAGCCUGAUCCUUGGACCAGUGCUGGACCGAGACACUACACUGCCCGCUGCUUUAUGGGAGAUGAGAGCAGCAUCAGGAAACUCAAAGGAACAUGUAUGUUCUUUUGAUCAAAUGAGUAUGUUUUCCUAAUUUAUAACUGAAUGCGAAAAACUGAUGCAAUGUAAUUUUGUUAAUGUUACAGUAACAAUAAAAUGUACACGCUGCUUAAUGGAUAUGCCUUUCAAAUGCAACCAUAUACACCAC